AAUUCCCCGCCAGGCUCCUUCCCCAUUCCAACCGGUGAGUCAGUCUCACAAGAGUCGCAGCCAUAGCUAAAACAGCUCAGAACUUGUCUUCUGCAUCUCUUUCUCAAAUCUCAACUCCUCAAUUCCUGUUUUUGAAGACAUCAAAGUUAAGAGUUCAUCUUCAAUCAAAUGGACGAUACUUCAAGGGAUGAGGGGAGCAACACCAUUAGGAUCCUAGUCGCUACGGACUGUCACUUGGGCUAUAUGGAGAAGGAUGAAGUACGUAGGCAUGAUUCUUUUCAGGCAUUUGAAGAGAUAUGUUCAAUCGCGGAGAAAAAACAGGUGGACUUUGUGCUUCUCGGUGGUGAUCUGUUUCAUGAGAAUAAGCCAUCCAGGGCAACUCUGGUGAAAGCCAUUGAGAUUCUUCGCCGCUAUUGUCUCAAUGAUCAACCGGUGCAAUUCCAAGUUGUUAGUGACCAGACAGUGAACUUUGCUAACCUAUUUGGUCAUGUAAAUUAUGAAGAUCCUCACUUUAAUGUGGGGUUGCCUGUUUUCAGCAUUCAUGGCAAUCACGAUGAUCCAGCUGGUGUGGACAACCUAUCUGCAGUUGACAUCCUUUCGGCAUGCAAUCUUGUCAACUAUUUUGGUAAAAUGGAUCUCGGUGGUUCUGGUGUUGGACAGAUCGCUCUGCACCCUAUUCUUAUCCGGAAGGGUUUAACAUCAGUUGCUCUUUAUGGUCUUGGGAAUAUCAGAGAUGAACGGUUGAACAGAAUGUUUCAAACACCACAUGCUGUGCAAUGGAUGCGACCUGAGGCUCAGGAAGGGUGUCAAGUGUCAGACUGGUUCAACAUUUUGGUACUUCACCAAAAUAGAGUAAAGGCAAAUCCAAAAAAUGCAAUAAAUGAGCAUUUCCUGCCUCGGUUUCUGGAUUUUAUUGUGUGGGGUCACGAACAUGAAUGCUUAGUGGAUCCUCAGGAGGUUCCAGGUAUGGGGUUUCACAUUACUCAGCCAGGUUCAUCUGUUGCGACAUCACUGAUUGAGGGUGAAUCAAAACAAAAACAUGUACUUCUAUUAGAAAUUAAGGGAAAUCAAUAUCGUCCAACAAAGAUACCUCUGAACUCAGUGCGUCCUUUUGAAUAUACUGAGGUUGUGCUGAAGGAUGAACCUGAUAUUGAUCCUAAUGAUCACAGUUCGAUUCUUGAACAUUUGGAUAAAGUAGUCAAAAAGUUGAUAGAAAGAUCUAGUCAAAAGGCUAAUAAUGGAUCUGUUGUAAAGCUCCCUUUAGUUCGAGUAAAGGUAGACUACUCUGGGUUUAUGACUAUAAAUCCUCAAAGGUUUGGACAAAAAUAUGUGGGGAAGGUUGCCAAUCCACAGGAUAUUCUCAUAUUCUCAAAAUCUUCAAAUAAGUUUGGCAAGGAAGCUAAAUUUGAUGAUUCUGAGCGGCUUCGCCCUGAAGAAUUGAAUCAGCAAAACAUUGAAGCUUUAGUUGCUGAGAGCAAUUUGAAAAUGGAGGUACUUCCAGUCAGCGAUCUGGACGUUGCCCUGCACAAUUUUGUUAACAAGGAUGAGAAAUUGGCUUUUUAUUCUUGUGUACAAUACAACCUUGAGGAAACUCGAAGCAAAAUAGCUCGUGAUUCAGAUCCUGUGAAAUUCGAAGAAGAUGAUAUAAUUUUAAAAGUUGGAGAGUGCUUAGAGGAACGUGUCAAACAAAGAACUGAAAGAAAUAAAGAUGAUCAACCUUUCUCCUUUAGUGGACAGUCUUUGGAGGAUAUUAGAGGCAAAAGUACUGGAGUAGGAUCUGCAGUUUCAUUCAGUGAUGAUGAGGAUGCCUCUAUGCCCUCCGCCUCAAAGUCUACUGCUGGAAAAGGAAGGAAAGAGUCAUCUCAAUCUUUUAGAUCCUCUCGUGAAGCUUCUGAAGUUGCAAGGGGAAGGGGUAGGGGUAGAGGCAGAGGAAGGGCUUCCAAUAGCUUGAAGCAGACAACCCUUGAUGCAUCUCUGGGAUUCCGUCAGUCACAGAGAUCUGCAUCAGAUGAUGAUAAGACGGUUCAGGCCAAAGGACGCAAAAGGGCUGCUCCAAGGGGAAGGAGUAGAGGUUCAGCAACAGCGGCUAAAAGGGGAAGAAAACCAGAUAGCUCCUCGUCUUCACUUCAAAGGAUGCUCAUGGAUGUUAAUGAAGAUGACGAUGAUGAUGAUGAUGACAUAACAAAGAAAGAGAAUAAACCUCGACCUCGGGCAACUAGGAAUUAUGGUGCUUUAAGGAGGUGACUGUACCAUUUGUUUCAUUCAGGGAUGUUGAUUAUGAUGACCAAAUUUGCGUAGUGAGUUGUAAAUACACUAGUAAGUUACAGAGUGUUUUCGGUUUCAAACUCCAGUGGUUGUUUUGUAUUUGACAAUGUUGAUACGCGGAGAGUAAGUCUCGUUUCUUUUAAGUAUGCAUUGAUAUACCGAUGGCUUCAAUUUUGGCCAUUCCAUUUGUUUUAAUGAACAAUGACAUGGUUAUGUUUCUUGUGUGUGGUAUAUAUAAGUGGAAAUGUUGCUACA